AGCUCGGGCUGUUCGAGUCCAGCUCCCAGCCGGCUCACACCUGCAACAGUUUCACUCCCUCCUUCCACAGUUUUUAUGCUUCUCUUUCCAGAGAAAUGGCCAAUCCACUGCCUGUGAUAGCCCAGGAAGAUUUGGAAAGCUUUACAGUGACCAGAACAGGCUCAGGCUUUGCACUCAAAGCCUUCCACAUCUCUUGGAACACUCCCAUCUCUGUGAAGCUGCUGAGCAGCCAGGACACUACAGAGAGGGAGUGGAAGUUGCUGCUUCAGGAUAUAGCAGGUGUCAGAGGUUGUGAGUCUGAACGUCUCCUGCCUCCCCUGGGGAUUUACCAAUGCCAUGGACUCGUGGGGUUGGUGACUGGAUGGAUGGACAAUGGAUCCCUGCACUCGCUCAUCCAUGAGCGUCAGCUGUACCCAGAACUUCCAUGUCCCUUACUCCUGAGGAUCCUGGCAGAUGUGGCUGAAGGGCUGCAUCACCUUCACAGCCUCCAGCCUGCCUCCUGCCACUGCAGCCUGAAACCUUCCAAUGUGCUUCUGGAUGGACAGUACAGAGCCAAGAUAUCAGAUUAUGGUCUAACCAACUGGAGGAAACAGCAGCUGAGGUCAGCCCUGCAGAAUCAGAGGAGCUGCCAGGAUUUAGUGUACCUCCCUCCCGAAAUCCUUGAAGGAGGCCUUCCUUCCCAGGAAGGUGAUAUUUACAGUUUUGGAAUAAUGUGUUGGGAGAGCCUAAGCAGACAGAAACCUUUUGAAGGUCAAACAGCCCUGCUGGAGGUUCUGACAGGAAUCUGCUGCAGUUCCCGGCCUGGCCUUUCAGAAGAGUUUAUACCAAGCAAUUGUCCUGAGAGGAACAGACUAUUGCACCUCAUUGCUCUGUGCUGGCACCAGGAUCCAGCUCACAGACCACGGACUGCAGAAUGUGUAGAUCUUCUAAAUGGAAUUUUGACUAGUAUAAAUAAGGAGGUAAUUUCCACAGCAAUCUACAGUCUGAUGGAUGCAAAGGAGAGAGCGCUUGAUGCUUGCAAAGGCUCAGCCACGUACACCCUGCAGACAGGCACCUGCAACUCAGAGAUCAUCUGUCCACCAAAAAACAACCGCUUAAUCAGCAAGAAAAUUCCUUUCAUAGUGCCAAGCUCAACUGGCCUACUUGAUAGCAGUGGAAAUAAUGCAGGAAGAGAGAAUAUUCUUGAGAUGGGUCUGCCAAAUACUAUCCCACAGAAUGCAAAAACAAGAAAAGAUCAUCCAGGCUCUGAGAGUAGAAAACCACACUUGUUUAGGAAGAUUCCUUUACGUGGUUCAGCUGCAGACACACAAAGCAGUCAGGAUGUGGCCCCACUGCUGGCUCUCCAGCACAGCCCACAGCCAGUGCACCCUGGACAAGCAGUGACAGGUCCUUGCUGCAAAGGAAACUUCUGCCAAAUCCUCACCUGCCAGAGACAGAGCAUACUGAGCUGCAUGACAGAGGGGCGCCUGAACCACCUGCUGGACGUGCUCCGCUCGCAGCAGACGCUGUCCCGGCCGGACUACGAGACCAUCAGCUCCCACCCCACCGUGACCGGCCGGGCCCGGGCCCUGCUGGACACCUGCCUGUGCCUCGGGGAGAGGGCAGCACAGGGGGUGCUGACUGCACUCUCAGGGACCAAAUGCAGUCCUCUGGGACAAGUCAGCCACUGCCCAGACUGCCCUCUGAGGUGACAGCUGCUGCUGUGAUGCAGUUCUUUGCAGUGUUACACUCCUCUGAGCACCGGUGCUUUGUCAGGGCAGUGACUCACAUUGACUCCUCAUACCAGCGACCAAAGGCAAUCCUUCCUACAGCCCAGCAGUUUUGUAAGAUUGAAAGGCUUCAGAGAAUCAAGAACUAUUUCUUCAACAGGGCCUUAAGGAAGACUUGGAAGUUGUACUCGGAUGGGAGCCUGCCUGGGAAUACUGAGUGCUGGAGGCUUCCUUGCCUUCUUCUGAACUUCUCCAUGGACACGGAUGCUUUGGAGUGUCCUGCUGCUGCCUGGACUCAUCCACAGGUCACAGACCCUUUGAGUUCACACUGGAGUUCCAGUUUGUCCAGUACACAGAAACACUGCUGUUAUCAAAAUGUUCCCAGGCACAGCAGAGUAAGAUAAGUGGUACAGCAAGCAGUGGCAGCAAAAAGCCAGCCCCCAACAAGCACUAAUGUACAGGAGGCAGCAAGCCCCAUGGCAAGCACAGAGCCUGUCAACAGCUCAACAGCAAGAGCAGCUAUAAAUGUGAUCUAGCACAUUCCAAUCAAAUCUGGUGUUGCCUUGGACCCUUCAAGCCUUGCAUUGGGUGCUGUGAAUGUGUGAGCUCUGCUCAGCAAUAACAAAAACACCCCUGAAUUAUCGACACUGUUCUCGGCACAAAUCCAGAGCACAGCCCCAGAGUGGCUGCUAUGAAAAAAUUAACCCUACCCCAUAUCCAAAACCAGCAUGACUGUGAAGGAAAAUAAUAAGAUUACUCUAAUUAUAAUGAAAAUGAUGAUAUAAGAUGCCAGUUUUUUGAAGGCCCAGUGGGAUUUCAAGCUCCACGGCACCAGAUUAACAUGAGAAUUUAUACAAUCUACAGGUAUUUCAAACACAAAACCAUGUUACUCUGUUUCUCUAUGUUGCUUUUGUUCUCUCUGCGGUCUCAAAGUGCUCACUGAAUUCAGCAGUUUGGCAGAUUGCAAUUUUAGAGAUAAGGAAUUUGUGACAUCAAAUUUCCAGCUACAGUACUGCUGAAAGCACAAACGUGACUUUCUUUUACAUAACUUAAUUAAA